CCGUGUGGAAAAAUCUCGGGGACGGCGUUUUAGCGUAGUAGACUAGAGAGAGUGAGGGUUCGCACUUCUCUCUCUCUCUCUCUCUCAUUAGGUCUUCUACGCGCUUCUCUGUUCUUCUUCGCUUCGAUCUUCGAUUUCGACUGCGCUUGCGUUGUUUGAUUUGCCGGAAGUUCUCGCGGAUUCGAGAUUUAGAUUCUAUUUGGAGUUUGCAGUUGGAUUUUGAGUUGUGGUUCUGUGGCGGCUCCUGUGAUCUACGCUUGUUGAUUUGGGUUUUCUCGGAAUCUCGCGGUUCUUUAGUUGUUCGCUUGUCCUUGGGGUUCACCCAGAGGCCAGUGGAAGAAGUUUCAUCUCGUGGAGCCGUUGGGAUUUACUGGGGAGCUUAUAAGGCUACUGGUAAUUUAUCUAGGGUUGUCUUCUGCUUUUCAGUUUAGGUCCUUUUUUUUUUCUUUCCUUUUCAUUUGGCCAUCGUGGAUGGCUGAAUCUUAGGGGGGUUUUGUUGUACUUGGUUUAAUUGUAAAGAAAAUAAGUAGUGGGAUCUCCAUGUGUAACGACGCCUAAAAUCGUUUGGUUUCUUUUUCUUUUGUGAUUUGUACUAUUGACUCGUAGUUCUUUUAAAAUUGAACAAUAUUUGAUGUGAUUUGUUUUAUGCUUUCCUUAUCUUGUUCUUGUCAUCUGGUUACAUUCGUCGAGUUAAUGGACGGAUGUGUUGGUAUUAAGUUCAGCUGAGUGGUGAAGAAAUUUAUCAACUUUUGGGCACUUUUCGAGGGAAUUUUUUGGUCUAGGCGUUUUCUCUUUCUUCAGGGUUUAGCCUGAAUGGUUGGCGUGGUUAAUCUAUUGCAGAGGUGCAUGAGCACGGCCGUGUGCAGUUUGUGACUGCGUUCUUAAAGCAGAAUUGAUCCAAGGCGCUACUGAAGUUGCAGGUGGUUAAUAUAAAUGGAUGUGAGGACGGAAAAGAAUAUUAGGUACCCAGAAAGAUACUAUGGCAAUAGUUCCUUUCGCACUGUUGGGGAAUCAGAGGGUUCUGGUAGCUCCGGAAGAAUUGAUCCUGAAAUUGCCGCUUCAGAAGUUUCUAGUACCCCAAUGAGGAGAUGUAUCAGUUUUAGCUCUGAUAAUCGUGAAGCUCUGAGAGUUCCAACGCAGGUUCUUCCCUUGACAAACCUGUUGCAGUCUGAGAGGAUGGAGUUGGUUUACAGGUUGAAAAAAGAACUCGAACAGGUUCAGACCCUCAGUAAGAAAGUACAAUUGCUUAGAACAAAUAGUUUUACAGUAUCAUCUUCAAGUGAUAUUCUUAGCUGUAGCAAUGUACGCAAUGGGCCAUCAGCUGAAAACAUUCGAAACACCUCGAAUUUGACUUCAGGGCAACGUAAGAAAUCUAAUGUUCCAAGUCAUAAGAAAGGGCAAGAUGGCAGUCGGGUUGCUACUGCUAUGUGUAGAGUUGAAUCUACAGUGCAAGCAUCUGUACCCAACACCACAAACACUACUUCAGCAAUUUUGAUGAAACAGUGUGAACAACUUUUGAAAAGGGUGAUGUCACACCAGUAUGCCUGGGUAUUUAAUAUUCCUGUUGAUGUAGUGAAGUUAAACCUCCCUGAUUAUUACACAAUUAUUAAGCAUCCAAUGGAUUUGGGGACGGUAAAGAACAAGUUAUCUUCUGGAGCAUACUCAAGCCCGUUGGAAUUUCUUGCUGACGUGAAGCUUACUUUCACCAAUGCAAUGACUUACAACCCACCUGGAAAUGAUGUGCACGUUAUGGCUGAUAUUCUCAAUACAUUUUUUGACAUGAGAUGGAAAGCUAUUGAGAAGAAACUGCCAAAAACUAAUGGUCAUGCAUUGCCAACUAAAUCUAGACCUCGAGAAGAUGUUGAGUCCGUUAGGCACAUGCCUCAAAAAAAGAUGAAAGUUGCUUCUAUGUCUGAAGUUACACCCAUGCCCACCAAGCAUGUAAUGACGGACGAAGAAAAGCUAAAUCUGGGGAGAGAGUUGGAGUCGUUGUUAGGAGAAAUGCCGCUGCAUAUAAUUGAUUUCUUGAGAGAGCAUAGCUCUGGUGGAAGGGAAUGUGGGGAAGAUGAAAUUGAGAUUGAUAUCGAUGAUCUCAGUGAUGAUACACUUUUCAAAUUGCGGAAGCUUCUAGACGAUCAUUUUCAGGAGAAACAAAAGAAAAAUGCUAGUGUUGAACCUUGUGUCAUAGAGUUGCAGAUGUUGAAUGACUCUGGAGUAAGCAACUCAUCAAUGCAACCAUCUAAAGGAAGUGGGCAAAUUGAUGAGGAUGUGAACAUAGGUGGCCAUGAAGCUCCUGUUUCAAGCUGUGCUCCUAUGGAGAUAGAGAAGGAUGCUGCUAUCCAUAUAAACAGCAAAUGCAUCAGCUCUAGAAAUUCGAAGGCAGAUUCAGAUUCUUCUACCUCCGAAAAUGAUUCUGAGUGUGAUAAAGCUCCAGUUGCAGUGCACGAUCAGGUUCCAGAAAUCAUUGGCUCUGAAGGUCUGUUAAUUGAAACUACAACUUCAGAUGAACCUCUCGAAAGAAAUCAAUCUGAAGGUGGCUACGAACAAAUGGAAGAGACUUCCCAUAAGCCUAGUUCUACUGAGUCAGAUUGCAAUCAGGAUGGUAAUCAUACUGCAUCUGAGAAGCCGGUCUCCCCUGAGAGGCUUUACAGGGCUGCUCUUCUAAAAAAUCGAUUUGCUGACACAAUUUUAAGAGCUAAAGAAAAGACGAUGACACAGGGCGAUAAGGAUCCUGAAAAGUUGCGACGGGAGAGGGAAGAACUGGAACUGGAGCAGAGGAAAGAAAAAGCGCGACUGCAAGCAGAAGCAAAGGCUGCACAAGAUGCGCAAAGACGAGCUGAAGCUGAAGCUGCAGCUGAGGCUAAAAGGAAGAGGGAACUUGAGAGAGAAGCAGCACGACAGGCAUUGCUGCAGAUGGAGAAAACUGUAAUAAUAGAUGAGAACUCUCAGUUCCUUGAAGACUUGGAGAUGCUUAGAGCUGCUCCUACUGAGCAGCUGCCGAGCUCUGUAGAUGAGACGAGCCCUGAUCACUCGCAAGAUGGCCUGGGCAGUUUCAAAUUUAUAGGGAGCAAUCCCUUGGAACAACUAGGCUUGUUCAUGAAAGCAGACGAAGAGGACGAGGAGAACGAGCCGAAUUACAUUUCUAACUCUAUAAAAGAUGUGGAAGAGGGAGAAAUUGAUUAGAUAUAAGUGUUGUGGUGUUGAAUUGAUGAUAGAAUUGAUCAAGGCAAUGAAUGGAAUGUCCUUUUGACAGAGGAAGAAAUUUCUGGGCCUCCUGAUCAUUUAGUAUUUAUUUAGGUAAAAUAGGAUAGAGGAGCAGUGUUUCUGAUGUUACUUACAAAAUAGAAGCAUAAUUUUGGAGGGCUUCUGAUGAUGAGGGGGUGAUUUGAAAAUUAGUUUGUGAAAGUAUUCCUCCCCUUCCCUUUUGUCAGUAUUUGUCUGUGUUGUACAUUGUGAUACUUAAAACAUGAAAAUGGGUCUGAAAACAGGAUUUAGUAUUAGCACUACAUUUUCUACUCCUCUA